AGGGAAGUGAAUUGCACUUCCUCCUUUUACACACCACUGUUCAGCACAGCAUUUGGGUUAUAGGAGUAGCCUACAAAGUGAAAAUGGAAAGAGCGAAAACUGAACGGGGCUGUGUCCUGUAAUUGCCUAUUCACUUUGUAAGAGGAAAAAACAUUGCGGGGAAUGACAAUCGAUUCUUAUUAGAACGCUCCAACAACACCUAUUCAGCGACGAGCAGCAGAGUCAACGUAACGUUUUCAGAAAUACAAUGGCAGCGACCUAGAUCAACUUCUGGACUUGCUUUCUAAAAGGAUCAUAGAGGGGGCCUUGCAACUUUUUGAAACUUGUUGGAUACGGUGGAGCAAGGACGCAAACAUGAAGAAACAGUUUAAUCGCAUGAAACAGCUCGCCAACCAAACAGUUGGAAGAGCUGAGAAGACUGAGGUGCUGAGUGAUGACCUUCUACAGAUUGAGAGGCGCAUGGAGCUGGUCCGUCUGGUGUCCCACAACGCACACAAGAGACUGGUCACCUGUCUACAGGGUCACAUCGGAACGGAGGCAGAAAAGAGACACAAAAAGCUCCCUCUGACAGCGCUGUCCCAGGCCAUGCAGGAUGGAGGAAGCCAGCUGGGGGAGGAGUCACUGAUUGGUAAGAUGAUGGAUGUGUGUGGGGAGGCAGAGAGCAGACUAGCGUCUGAGCUGAUGCAACACGAGGUGCAGCUAGAGAGAGACAUCCUGGAACCUCUCAACCAGCUAGCAGAGGUGGACAUUCCCAACAUCCUGAGACAGAGGAAACAGCUGGCUAAGCUAGUCCUAGACUAUGACUCAGCCAGAGCCAGGUGGUUGCAGGCAAGCAAGUCUAUUCACUUUUCCACCAACUACCAGGCCACGGCCGCCAAGGUUGAGACUCUCAAAGACGAGAUGGACGAGGCCCUGAACAAAGUGGAGAUGUGUAAGGACCAGCUGUCUGCUGACAUGUAUAACUUCUCCUCCAAGGAGGGCGACUACGCCCGAUACUAUGUUAUUUUGGUAGAGGCCCAGGCUGACUACCACAGGAGGUCUCUGGCUGCUCUGGAAGGAGUCCUGCCGACCAUACAGGCACAGAACGACUCAUGGAUGGAGAAGCCUGCGUACGGCACGGCUCUGGAAGAGCACCUGAAGAGGAGUAACCGUGAGAUCGCCCUGCCCUUAGAGGCCUGUGUCAUGAUGCUGCUGGAGACUGGCAUGAAGGAGGAGGGUCUGUUCCGAAUCGCUGCUGGGGCCUCCAAACUAAAGAAGCUGAAGGCAGCGCUGGACUGUUCCACCUCCCAGUUAGAGGAGUUUUACUCCGACCCCCAUGCUGUAGCUGGAGCUCUGAAGUCCUACCUCAGAGAGCUGCCUGAACCCCUUUUGACCUUCUCACUGUAUGAUGAGUGGACACAAGCCUCCAAUGUGUCUGACCCAGACAGGAGGCUUCAGGCUUUGUGGGUGGCAUGUGACGGUUUGCCAAAGAACCACAAGGCCAACUUCAGGUAUCUGGUAAAGUUCCUAGCCAAGCUGGCCCAGGACAGUGAGGUGAAUAAGAUGACUCCCAGUAACAUCGCCAUAGUGCUGGGACCCAACCUGCUCUGGUCCAAGACUGAGGGGACUCUGGCAGAGAUGGCUGCUGCUACCUCGGUCCAUGUGGUGGCCAUCAUAGAACCCAUCAUUCAGCACGCUGACUGGUUCUUCCCAGAUGACGUGGACUUUAACGUGUCGGGCAUGUUUGUGGCCAUGACCCCUGAACCUGACCCAGGCCCUUUCGAGAGGCGACGCCCCGGAAGCCUGGUGGACGGGGACACUCCCCGCAAAGACAGCCCCGCUCCUAACAAACUGGGCGACCCCACCCCCACCCCACGUAGAGCUGCCACUCUAAAUAGAAAACAGCACCAUCAUGCUUCUUCGCCCACCUUCCAGCCCCCUCUACCACCGCCAGAGGCUGGAGGAGUCACCCAGACCCAGCCUGUGGCUGAGCCCCAGACCCAGGAGCAAACUCUGUGUGGGAGUACAGAGGCUGGCCAGCCUGGCCUGGCUGGGGGGGGUGGGGGUCAGGGUGGGGCACCAGAGGUCCAGGUGGCCACAGGGCAGCAGCCUCUGCCUCUUACCCAGCACAGCGCUGAGGAGAAUAGCCCUGGCCAUGACCCCACCACCACCCCCGCUCCCCUGAGGAACGGGGGCUCCCAGCUCACCGUGGGGACGCCCCACUCCCAGGCAGGAUGCAGGGGUCCUAGCCCCCACAUUGGACGCAGAGGUACUAAGAAGCAAGCCCCUGCCCCACCCAAACAGGCCAACCCCUUUGUAGCUAAUGUCUCUACCCUUGGCCACAGUCCCGCGCCUAACAACCCCUACCCCCUCAUCGCUCCACGACGCCACUCUGGUAAAGAAACCCCCAUCCACGCCCCCAGCCACCCGCCCCCACAGCCCCCUCAGUCUCAGGGGGAGUCAGACCCCUCUCCGCCCCACACCCCCACACCCCCUAGCACCCCUCCUCACGAUGGUCCAACCUCCACCCCCUUCACCCCUCUAUCCUCCUUCCACUCUGGCUCCCUCCCUCGCCCCACCAGGCCGGCUCCGAAGCCACGCUCCCGACCUACAGUUCCCCCGCCCCGUCAGCCGCCCACCAAUGACGACAGCAACGGGCCCAGCGGCUCUGCCUCCAAGGUCAUCACCGAUGUGUGAGCUGCCGCCCUGCCUGUGAGCUGAGAUUGAGAGGCAGGUAAUGAUGCCAGCCUGAACUUGAAGGGGAUUGGCCGAGCCCUUAUCCCUGAAAUUAUGGUGGACAUACAAGGGGAGAGCUCUGCUGGUCAUGAGCCAUCCCCCUAUCCAACCCCACCCUUGGACCCUGAGAUCCAAUCAGAGAGCACCAGUCUGUGAAAGGGGAGGGAUCACUCCAACUGACAUCACCAAAAAAUAUUCUGCCUCUGCCCAAUUGGCAAUAUGCUAGCCAUUCAUCCAAUCGCAGUAGUCGGAGUCAGCUCUGAGCCUCUACAGACUGGACCAUACAAACUCCCUGCUCAUCAAUCCAGUGAGCAAUAAUGUCUGCAACAAACAACCCCUAGCCAAUAUUACUCUCUACAACAAUACAGGGACUAGACAACCUUCUCUAACUCCAUAAUCCAAACUCAACACUGUUGGCACCCACCACCCAACACCCUCAACUGUUGGCACCCACCACCCAACACCCUUCCAUCCAUAAACCAUCAACAGUAUUGGAACUGGACCACAGGAUCACCACAUGUUCAUUGAACCUUCAUUCUGCUAAACAUGAUAGGAAGUUGGCCUGCAGCUAGAGAUGCCACUGUAGCUUUCUAUUGAAUCAACCAAGCCUGUACUGGGACUGGACAAUAUAUAUAUAUAACCACUGAACUCCAAUGCUGGUGAAGCUGUAAUGUUAUGACCCAGUACCUGGAAGCAUCUGAUCUGAAUAUACUGUUUCAUCUUUGGAUCCAUUGUAGAAUGUUGACAUUGAAUUGGGGCUGGGUGGGAGGCUAAGCUUGUAAACCUAAAAGCUCAGAACUUGUAUGUUUGUAUGAUGUAACUUUCCUCCCUGUGGUACAUUGUAUGGUGGUUGUAGAAAUAUUUCUUUUGAAUGGAAAUUGCUCAUUUGUAUGUCCUCAAUGCAUUACAUAAGAUUGUCUACAAAACUGCAAUUUUGCCCCAUUUGAGAACUUUCUUUAAUGGUUUUUAAUGGGCCAAGUAAUACAAAUGUAAUGCAGAAAGUGCUAUUGAUGAGCAAAUAUACAUGGUGAGCCCAAAGAAUCCUAUAAAUUGCCAUACUUCCUUUGAUGAGAGCUCUCAAGGACCAAAGAUGCCAGUUGAUGAAUAACUACAUUUGGUGAGUGUGCUGCUUUGUGUUUGUAAUAUAAAUGUUUUAAUAGUUGCCAAGGACCAAAUAAGUAUCAAUGAGGAGUGCAAUUUAAUUAACUGCAUUCGUUUCAUACUGUGUCUUCUCCACUCCCAAUAUUCACCCUGUUUCAUUUGUUGUUGUUUUUAACCUGUCUUACCGCAAUAUACUAUAGGAUUCAAACAAAACAGUCACCCCUGCCAAAAAUGUGUAUACCAAUCACAGAUUUCCCCUUUAAAAGAAAAGUUAUAUAAGAAAAGUGAUUGGAUAUUCCCUGCCACAGAUUUCCCCUUUAAAAGAAAAGUUAUAUAAGAAAAGUGAUUGGAUAUUCCCUGCCACAGAUUUCCCCUUUAAAAGAAAAGUUAUAUAAGAAAAGUGAUUGGAUAUUCCCUGCCACAAAUUUUUUUAUUUGAGAAAUGAUUUGUUUUGAUAUCCGUUUUGAUUUAAUUUAGCUCAGGAAAUGGACAACCCAACAGAACAAUAUCCCAGGUUUUAUUUUAUUUUCUGAUUACUAUUCAAAUUUAAGAUGUUAUGUUGACAAUCUUUAGUGGAUAACCUGGCUUCUCACUCUGCUUGUGAUUAUUGCCUUUGUUCCACUAUAUUACAUGUGUGAUUGUGAUUUGCAUUGCUUUUUUUCUGCCCGUGUCUUUUCAACCUGAAAGAUUUUCGAUAAUGAGUGAAUGGAUCCUCCACUGUUUGUUCAUAUUAAAGGAAAAUAGUUUUGGGUAUUAUUACUCUAAAUAAACAAAACAUGAAUUAAAACAGUAA